UUAUCAAAAUAAUCGUGAAAGAAGUGUGUUCAAAAUUCAAAUUCGAUUAGGACUGAAAGCAUAGCUCAUGGAUCACAAAAUGGAUCCAUGUGAAUGCAUCAUGAAUCAUGAGAUGGCGAUGAGAAGACUCCUGUCUUUCUUGCGCCAGUCUCAAUCGGAAUGUACAGACGUCGAAUGCUUCAAUGAAUCGUCUAUGUCAGCGAACCCAAUGGCGGACAGCAGUAACAUGAUGAUAUUCGCCAUGAUUUGGUUUGUGUUGGCAAUGCUGCUCUACUUCUUCAGGCCCAAUUCGAUGCGAAAUUACGAGAAGCCCAAACCAACCAACAAUGGACCUGAUAACAAUGGGCCAUCCCCUGGCACGGCCGAAAUGCAUUGAUUGUGAUGGAAAAGAUCUCGCUUCGGAAAUGGUUCAUCCCGAUGGAUCAUUCACCACAAAAUGAAUUUACCAGCAUAUCUUGAUUGGCUCAUGAUCUGAAUUGUUCAGGCUAUUCAAUAGUUGGCCAAUCUUCAGUAUUUGAUGUGAAAAGACCCCUUUAUUAUAGUAUGUAGAUAAAUGUUGGCACAAUCUUUGUCGGAGAUAUGUUUACUGGUUUCAAAGAUUUUUUCUCCGUUGGUUUAUCGAUGUCAAACCUUACCUCUGAGGUUAACAGGUUGAGCCUGGAGGUAUGAAACACACCAUCUUAUUAUAUCUAAUUGUUGUGUAGAGAUAUUAAGUCGAUUCAAAACAAUCGGUUGUUAAUAAAUCCUCUUCUCACACUACACUAACUCCGUUCAUGAUUUUUCAGUAUUAAUUCAUCAAUGUUCAAUAUAUUCUAGAUGGGUGUCCAAGAGAUUGAUGUUAGUUGUAUAAUGUGACCAUAGAUGGUCAUUUUUCUAGGUUUAAGUUUUCAUUCUCAUUCAAAACGUUUCUACCAGAUUCAAUAUAUAUGUACCCUCUCACAUUAAAUCACAAAACAAAUAGUUUUUGUAUUAUGUUUGUUGAUAACUUGGAAAUACUUAUCAAAUGAACAUUGUUAUUUUAAUCUUUGAUCCUUCAAAACAUCACAUUCGAAAGUAUUCAACUGAUCAAUAUUGUUACAAUUACAUUCGAUUUUGAAAUGCUCGUUGUUUUUAAUUUCCAAGUUCAGAUUUGUGGAACAAUGUUAAUUCAUCCAUUAUUACAUUAUAUUUGGUAUUGUAACAUCGCAUAAAGUAACUUUUUCUCUAUGUAAAUGAAGAGAAUAUUCUUGUAGGAGAAAUCUUUCAAAAUAUUAACUGAGUCUUCAGGAUUCCCUCUUUCUUACAAAUUCCUCAUUUUCCAUUGCAUUAUUCUGAAAUUUUCAGACUUUUUUUCUCUUAUUAGAAUUGAUACUCAUUCUGAAAAGUUGACAGCUCAACCAAAGUAAAGAAAUAUAUUUACCUACUCUUAGGUGUAUCUUGAUAUCUUGAACAUUCGCAAUAAAGGCUAUACGUAAUUCUGUAUUCGAAUGAUUUGUAAGAUUGUUUGAUGAGUGAGCUAUAAUUCUAUUUUUUUUCAAGCUAUGAACCUUUGUCAGAUUGAAUCUUUGGAUUAUUUUUGAAAUCGUAGUGUGUUGGGGUUGUUCUCAUAAUUCGUCCAAUAAUUUCUCAUAACUGAGUUGAUUUAUUAUUAUAUUAUUUGUUAUUUCUACUACAUUUCCAUUGUAGUACAUUCUGUAGGCGGUCCAUGAUAUUAUAAACUUUUAUUAUAUUAUUUUGUUAUUUCUACUACAUUUCCAUUGCAGUAUAUUAUGUAGGCUGUCCAUAAUAUUAUUAACUUUUAUUUGUCGUUGUAAUUCGAUCCAAUUAUUCACACUUCUUGAAUUUUUUUUAUUUUUAUUCAAUUUUUUCCAAUUCCAAGGGUAAAUCUUAAUCCAUAAAGCUUCAUGGUUCAAAACAAUAAAUAUUAAUAUAAUUCAGACAAUCCAGUCUAUGAGUUUCGCUUGAAAAUAAAUUGAUAAACGUGUGUUUCAAGAUCAUAACACAUAUAACUAAGUACCUUUUUUGCAGUACGGGUUCAUUUCUAAUAAAUUGGAAAGCUUUUUUUACUCCUAAAUAAUUUUGCCACCACUAUAAAAAAGACAUUAUUUUUAAUUUUAAUUAAUUAUAAUAAUUAUUACUCGCAAAGUGGGACCUCUAUUCAUUCACAUUAAAAUAUUACUUAUCAAUAUUAUUUUGCUUUUAUUUAAUUAAGAAUUAUCCUGGCAUUUAGGGUCUUUCAAUUACUGCGCACCUCUAUCACCAAAUAUGAUGCCAGUAAUGUUUGUGCAAUGAUUUAAUAAAUAUUAAUUAUAUUUUUAUUCUAUUAGUUAUUGAGUUUGUUGCUAUUAUAGUCUUCCAUGGGACGUAUUUCAAGUCUUAUACCAAUUAAUUGCUAUGAAAAUAGCUAAUUAUCCUAGUGAUAAGUCUCGAGUGGAUUGAUUGUGUUUCUAUUACUGGUUUCUAAAAAUUAAUUGUCAUUUGGAGUGAUUGAACUUAUCAAUGAUAGGUUUUAGCGGAAAAAAUAUUAAUUUGCCUUGUGAAACUUCUACAGUAUAUUUUGAUUAAUAUUUUCAAAAAUAUUCAUUGCUAUCCUAAUUAUUUAGGAGAUAUAUUACAAUAGUGUAGAAUUCGUUUUGUAUUCUAUUUGUGAAGGAUUGAUUUUUAAAAUUCUCAUUUGGAGAUAUUGAUGAGAAAUUCUACAUGAAAAUACUACAGUAAUUCCAAUGGCUUUCUUUUAAAAACGUUUACAACUUCUUUUGUUCAUCUUGAUUGUUAAAAAUUAACGCAUACUUAGUUUUUGCUCCUAGCAAAUAAUGAGUUGACAAUACUUUCAAACUGACAAUUAAUGAGAUGAAAAUUUCUGAUAAAAGUAAUCACAGUGAGAUGAAAUUUCUCUGGUAAAAGUAAUGACUUUGCAGUAGCAACAUUACUUCUUUCAUAGAAUGAUCAACAUAUGUAUCUCAUAUAAAUAAAUAAAUUAAAUAUAUCAGCUUCAAAUUAAUGUUGAAUUUGAUAAAUUAUGGAUAAUAUGUCAUUAAAUUUUUGUUAGAAUAUACACUAUUGGCUACCAACAUACAUUUGGGUGUUUUGUUAUGGAAUUAAUAAUACAUUAUCAAAUGAAAUUCAGCUCAGUCUAGGUUGUACCAUUUCAAGAAAUCGAAAAUGAUCAUAACCCAGCUAUUUAUUUUUCCAAUUGAGAUUAUACUACAUUUGUUUAGAAUAUCAAUCAAUCCCACUCCUCUAUCUAGACUCAUUGUCAUGUAUACUACACUCCAAAUCACAUACAUAUAUUAUUAUCAUGCACUUAUUAUUUUAUUUUUGAAUCAUUCCAUGUUCUAUUGUUAUCAUAUAUUAUCAAUUAUUGUUUAUCAAGUCUUAAGCUGUGAUGUAGUUUUGUGUACCUCUCGAACUGUACAUAUAUUUCAUAUAAUACAGUUGAUGAUUUAUGUAUAGUAACAGCGUGUAUUAUAUUUUGAUUGUGAAUGUGCUCUAGAUACUAUGUCUUAGCAUAUCUAUGGUUGAUGUAUGUACUUUGAAUGGAAUUAAUAAAAUAUUCUUGUUUUGGGA